CAAUGUUUUUAUUAAUUUAAAAUAAAAAAUGGCAAAAAUUAUACUCAAUACCGAUGAAAGUGAUGGGCAGAUGUUUUGCCACGUAUGUUUAAGUUGUGACCGGACUCUGUUUCCUUUAGGAAAACACAGUGAUGUGUAUUACAAUGCUUUCGGCAAUUUUAUCAUGGCAGAAUUUCCAAAUAUAUUAUUAUGUUGGGAAUGUAUAGCGAUACUGAAGAAAAUAGCAUUAUUUCAAGCAAAAAUAGAACGUUCACAGAGAAUCCUCCUUGCCCAUUCUAUUGAUAAUCAAACCCGUCUAACUACGUUGAGUAGUUUAACCACUACGUACCUUAAUCCUGACCUCACAUUACUAUUCGUCGAAGACGCAGACGAAAAAACACAAAUUGAAUUAAACGUAAACAAUGAAAUAUUUAACGAAGACCUUGAUAAUAAGGAUUUAUUGCAAGAUAUCAAGGUGAAGGAAGAAAUUGAUGAUUGUGACAAUGCCAAUGAUUUUGAUUGCGAAAAUACUGAUCAGUUACUCGAUGAAAUCAAAACAGAAUUAGAAAAUGUUAAAGUUGAAAACCCUCAAGUGGUUAAGAAAAAGAAAUAUGCGAGUCGAACCAAAGACAGACCAUACAAGGUAAAUAAGAAAGUUCUGAUGAAAGAUCUAAAAGAAAUGUGUAAAAUAACAUACAUCGGAUUCGAUGAGAUAAAAGAAAUGUUGGAGAGAGAAAGAAAUAGUUCGUAUUAUAAGAUCCGGUAUAAAUGUAAGACUUGUGUUUUGGGCUGGUCAAGCAAAGAAUACUUGGAACGUCAUAAUGUGAAGUUUCAUAGUCAGUCUUCACCAUACUCGUGUGAUUUCUGCAACGCCCGUUUCGAUUGCAAGCGCCGUCUGUCCACCCACAUGGACCGACAUCGCGAGGUGUUCGAGUGCCGGUCGUGCGGUCAUCGGGCGUCGAGUCGAGAGCGAAUCAGACGCCACCUGGCUGGAAUGCACCGCGUCCGAUGCAAAGGUUGCGAAGCUUCAUUCCGCACCGUCCGUUUAUUUUUCAAGCAUUAUAAGCAAUACCAUGAAAUAUUUGUAUGUGAUUAUUGCACGAAAAAAUGCAAAUCUAAAAGGAGUAUUGAAAAGCAUAUAAAAAACCACCACACGGUUAACUACCGCUGCGACGAAUGUUCUAUCACGUUCAAAAGCAAGAAGUAUUACAAAAGCCACAACGAGCGCAAACACGUGGUUUCUAUGGGCGACGACGCGUACUGUGUGGAAUGCGACAAGCAGUUCAAGAAUGCGCUCUUGUACAGGGAACACGUUAUGACGGGUCCCGCGCAUCGGCAGAACGGCGGGAAGAAGGGCAUAUUUCCAUGUUCGGAGUGCGACAAUACCUAUGCUAGAAAAGAAUCCUUGAAGAACCACCACGACUUCGUUCACUUGAAGAAAUCCAGGUUUAAAUGCGUGGAGUGUAAUAAUAAGCAAUUUUUAAACCGCACGAAAUAUGUGAAUCAUAUGAAGUACAACCACGAGGGUGUAAAGAAAGAGAAAAACAAACUUUGUACCGUCUGCGGCAGGGGCUUUUCUACAAACAAGAUCCUUAUCCAUCACAUUCGCACGCACACGGGCGAGCGUCCUUACGAAUGCGGGCACUGCUCCGCACGCUUCACGCAGAAACACGCGAUGCGUAAUCACGUCGCUCACGUGCACUUAAAGAUGAAACGGAACGUGAAGUAGAGGAAAUAAAUACAUUAUCUUCUAACCUAAAAAAAGAGUUUCAUUUGAACUCCCAAAAACCAGACCCCAGGGAUCAGAGACCAGCGGGAUCAGGGUUAAAAUCCACUAAGAUAAGGGAUGAGAUACCCAGGGGAUCAAAGAUCAGACUCCAGGUAUCAGACACUCCGGGUUUUGAUAAAGAGUCAGCUCAAAAUGAAACGGAAUGUGAAGUAGUAAUAAAUACAGCUAUGAAUCUAAAAGACUUUCAUUUUGAACCUCCUACGAAUUAGGCACUCCGGGGAUCGGGGUUCAGAUACAUCGGCGAUCAAGUCCCAAGGGAUCAGAUCAUAAGACCUGGGGGAUCAGCGAUUAGCUCCCCAGGGGUCCCAGGGGAUCAGGGACUGGCGAACAUUGAUAU